AAAACCUCUUGCCUCACAAACCAGUCCUCCAGCUCUCCCCAAGUCCAGCCCGACGACCAUGGCGACCAAGCAGAGCCUCCUCGCCCUCGUCCUUCUCGCCGCCGCCGUCUGCGCCCUCCUCCCGUCGGCAUCCGCCGUCACCAACUUCGAGACCUGCAAGAAGGGCAAGGACUACCCGGUGAAGGUGACCGGGGUUGAGAUCGUGCCGGAUCCGGUCCAAGCCGGCCAGCCAGCCACCUUCAAGAUCUCCGCCUCCACUGAUGAAACCAUCACUAACGGGAAGCUGGUUGUUGAUGUUAAAUAUUUUUUCUUAAAUGUCUACUCUGAAACGGAUGACAUCUGUACAAAGACGACCUGUCCGGCAACUGCUGACUUCGAACUUGCUCACUCACAAACCUUACCAUCAUUCACCCCACCAGGUUCUUACACCAUCACAAUGAAGCUGCUGGGGGAGAACGAUAAGGAACUGAGCUGCAUCUCCUUUGGGUUCGGUAUUAGCUUCCUCGCACCGAUUGCCUUGAGCUGAACUCGCUUGAGCUGAGCACCAGUUUCCGUGUGGAAAUAGAUACCUAUGGAUGUAAACUUUGGAAACCUCUUUACCACCUAGUAUAUUUUCUCUGUACACUCCGCAACACUUUGUGUUCCACUACGAUGUUUUUAUCAAGAGUUGGACAUCACAAUAAAUUGAAAAUCUGGUGUAAUGAA